AAAGAGGGGAACAUAGAUCUGUGACAAACCUGAGAAGCAAAACUAACAAGCUCUACCUUAACUAGGGAUCCAGUUCUUAAACCACACCCUCCCCUCAUCUUCUGAGUGAUGAUCAUCUCAUGUUGCUCUGUGCUUGGUAUUUUCCUCCCUUGAUAUAUAUUUUGCCACAAUUUCACAUCAGCUUUUUGGUGUGGUGCAAGUAAAGGGUGACUUUGGUGUUUAGGGUUUUAGUGCAGGGAGUCUCUUUGAGCUUAGCUUCAGGUGUUGGGUUAUUAAUCAUUCUAAGCAACAACCCCCGUAACUGCUUUUUAUAUUUAUAAUUAAUAACAUGCCUUUUAAUAGUUCAGAUACUAUAACGUAGUGUAGCGAUCUCUUGGCUCGUUUAGGGAAGGGAAAGAUCCAGCUGCGCUGCCGGGUGCCACUUUGGAACGGUGCGAGUGUCUCCUGUGCGCCCUCUGUGUGCCGGCGAGCGUACCCGGAUGCAACCGUGCGCUGUCCUGAGAGCCCAAGUAAAAGUCGUGGUUCCCAGCUGGGUGCUGUGUGGUGAUUUCGGACAGCCCGAAGUGCGGGGCGUGCCGCCCGUCCCGGCGCAUCCUGCCGGCCGCGGGGCUGCGCUGGUCACGUGCCGGCCGCCGCGCAGCCAUUGGCUACCGGGACCGGGCCGGUUUGUGCCGCCCCUCGCCAUUGGCCGCGGCCGCGGGUGCCGCCGUAAGCGCGGCGGCCAUUGGCGGCGGCGCAGCAUGGCGGGCACGGGCGGCUCCUGGCGGCCGCCGCGGUCGUGCGAGGACUACUGGGAGGAGUGGAAGCAUUGCCGCGGGCUGCUCCACGCCUUCCACCACUACUACGCGCACGGGGAGCUGCCGGAUUGCGGCCGCUGGCGGGAGGACUACGAGGCCUGCCGCGCCUGGGAGAGGGACCGCGCCGCCGCCGCGCAGGAAGCUUUGUGCAAGAGUGAAAGAGCUCGAGUUAUGGAAAAACAGAAAUAUGCUCCAGUGUGGAAGCUCAGGAAGAGCCCACCACCUGACUGGUAUCUACCACUUGACCAUGACAAAUCAAAUUAACAAGACUGUUUUCUGUGUUCGGUCAAUAACAUAAUACAUAAUUCAGAAUUA